AUGCAAUUCAAGGCUCUCGUCGCUCUCACUCUUGCCACCGUUGCCAUCGCCGCCCCUUCCAACUUGGAGGCGCGCCAGGGCCAAUGCAACACUGGACCCGUUCAGUGCUGCAAUAGUGUCCAGAGGGCUGAUAGCGAGGCCGCUUCCAAGCUGCUCGGUCUCUUGGGCAUCGUCGUCCAGGACGUCAGCAUCCCUAUUGGUAUCACUUGCACCCCCAUCACUGUCAUUGGACUCCCUGGAAACUCUUGUGUACCCCCUCUUACCCUUCUACGCGGUAGCUCUACUCAACCCGUCUGCUGCAAGGACAACUCGUACAAGGGUGUCGUUGCUAUUGGAUGCACCCCAAUCAACAUCAACGUCUAA